GAUAACUUCUCCUGGAUUAACAGAUGAACUGACGGGAUAAAAUGGGAUGCUAGUGCCAGUGUUGGAGAAACCUGGAGUCACACCGGGGCUUGAUAAACCGGUAUCCAGCCCCAGGUACGCGCUGACCCGGACGGGGACGUUGGAUUCCUGACAUUCUACGUCGAGGCGUCAGCGUCGCCGCCGCGGUGUGGCCCCGCCCCUCCCCGCCGUCAACAGCUGGAUCUCAGCUAUUUGUGUUUUCAUCGCUAGCCUGCUCACGGUGAUUCACUGCGUUCGUAAAAAUAUAUAUUAAAAACAAAAGGGGGAAAAAGGAAAAGAAAACGGAGUGAGCCGAUCUGGAUGGAUGUUUAUUCAUUUCUGUUUGCUUGAGACACACUCCGCCGAUAGCUCUCGCCGAUGUGCAGCCAAGCUAAAGGACCGACGGAGAGUGGCGAGAUCGCCUUGCAUACCGUCCUUUAGCCGCGUCUGAAACCAGCUAACACUGCUAACGCCUCGCUGGAGAUAACGCUAGCUGGCUGGCUGACAGCUGGUCCAGUCAGAUACGUGCCUUUAGCGGGAACGUGGCUCAAAUCUACUCGCUGGAACAAUGAAUCAUCUCUGACAUUGAGACGACUGAGGCCCAGUUGGUUGUCACACUGGAGUAAGCAGAACCCGUAACUCGCGAGGUGGGUCUCGGACUCUACGGUGGUGCCAUUGAAGACGAGUGGGUGAACAGUGGGACAGCUCGCCGAUGCACCCGUAGUUUUGACCUGCCAGAGCUGCCAGUAUGAUGCCGAUGAUAUUGACGGUGUACCUCAGCGACGGGGAGCAGGCCGUGACCGAGGUGCCCAUCACCCCCGAGACGACAUGCCGCGAUGUCGUCGAGUUCUGCAAAGAGCCUGGCGAGAGCGGAUGCCACCUGGCUGAGGUCUGGAGAGGCAACGAGCGAGCGAUCCCCUUCGAGCACAUGAUGUACGAACACCUGCAGAAAUGGGGGCCUCGGAAACAAGAGGUCAAGUUCUUCCUCCGGCAUGAAGAUUCACCCACUGAGAGCAGCGAUCAAGGGAGUCAGCAGUCUCAGGAUCAGACGAGUCGCAGAAGUGGAAACACUGGAGAGAAGCACAAUGAGAACGGGGUCGGGAAUCAGUGUGUGGAGCUCACGCUGUCAGAGCUGCAGGAGAUGGCCACACGGCAGCAGCAGCAAAUUGAGGCUCAGCAGCAGAUGCUUGUUGCAAAAGAGCAGCGUUUGCGUUACCUGAAGCAGCAGGAGCGGCGUCAGCAGCAAACCGUUUCAGAGAGCGAGAAGCUGCAGAGGCUAAAGGAACGCGUGGAGAGCCAGGAGGCAAAGCUCAAGAAGAUUCGGGCAAUGAGAGGCCAGGUGGACUACAGCAAGGUCAUCAAUGGCAACCUGUCGGUAGAGAUCGAGCAAGUUAGCAGCCUCUUCCAAGAGAAGCAGGCAGAGUUACAGGCAGCGGUGCUGAGGGUGGAGCAGCUCAGCCUGCAGCUGGAGGACCUGCGGAGGGGAAAGCUCAACGGCAUACAGACCGCCUUGGGUGGCCAAGUAACCGGCGCUGCAGCCCUAGAGCUCCGCAAACUCUAUCAGGAGCUUCAGAUUCGGAACAAAUUGAACCAGGAGCAAAACAGCAAGCUGCAGCAACAGAAGGAGCUUCUGAACAAGCGCAACAUGGAAGUGACGCUCAUGGACAAGCGUAUCAGCGAGCUGCGGGAACGCCUCUACAAGAAAAAAGCUGAGCUGAACAGAGCCAAUGGGCCUCCUUCUCCCCAGCCAGCUCCUGGGACUCUGGGCCGCGUUGCUGCUGUUGGGCCGUACAUCCAAGUCCCUGUACCAGGCCGACAGGAAGGAGGCUACACCAUACCACCUGAUCCACUGAAGCCUCAGACUCUGGGCGUCAGUAAUCAGGCCAACCAUGGCCGCACCAAGUCAGCUAAUGACACUGGUUGGCCUACUCUUGGCAAGACCAAUACAACCCUAAAGCCUCCUGAGAGAAGAGACUCAGGGACUGAUAUCCAGGGCAAGAGCCCUCCCUCAGGCUCCCCAAUCACUCCAAGUGCAGAAAAGGUGCUAGACUCCAAAAUGGCUGUCUCUUCCCCUGCCAUAUCCAAGCCACAGCCGCCUCCCUAUGGCUCCCACCUCACCUCCGCCAACUCAGCCAGCUCCUUGGAGCGCCGCAAGGAUGCACCUCCUCCACCUCGCCCACUCCCAAACCCGCCGGCUCCUGCUUGGCCCCGCGUCCCCCCCUCCACAGGCUCGUCUUCCCAGCAGAUCCAGCAGCGUAUCUCAGUGCCACCAAGCCCCACCUUCCAGCCUACUGCACCGCUUUUCCCUCCCGGGCUGAGCGAGCGACUUGAUCCACCGCCAGCUGUGGCAGUACGCCCCUUCAUCCCAGACAGAGGAUCACGGCCUCAGUCGCCCCGUAAGGGUCCACCCACCAUGAACUCCAGCUCCAUCUAUCACAUGUACCUCCAGCAGGCAGCACCAAAGAGCCAGCCACUCAAGCCUGCUCUCAAAGCAGUAUAUGGGAAGCCUGUUCUCCCCUCCAGCUCGACACCCCCCUCGCCCCUGCCUUUUGUCCAGGCAGGAGGGGCCUUCCCAUUGCUCCAAGGCCAACCCAGCGGUGACGACACUCUGGACGGAGAAUUUGAUGAUCACGAGGGCUUCCAGCAUCUGGAGCCCUCAGCGCCUCCCCCCAGUGUGGAGAACAUCCCACGACCACUCAGUCCUACUAAGCUAACCCCCAUGGUACACUCCCCGCUGCGCUACCAAAGUGACGCUGAUCUCGAGGUGCUCCGUAAAAAGCUGGCUAACGCUCCGAGGCCCCUCAAGAAGCGCAGCUCCAUCACAGAACCAGAGGGCCCCAGCGGACCCAACAUCCAGAAACUGCUCUACCAGAGAUUCAACACUCUAGCAGGAGGCAUGGAGGGAAAUGGAGUCAGUGGAUCAGGAGGUGGAAACGGCGCAGGUAAUGGAACGCCGUUUUAUCAGCCGGCUAAUCCUCCUGGAUAUCUGGGAGGUGACUCUGUGGCAGAUACAGACAAUGGCAACCUCCUCUCUGAGAUACCGCUACCGCCACCACCAGGGGCAGAGGAGCUGGGCUCUGAGGCUCCACUACCAUCUACUGACGCUAACGACAACGAGCCACCGCCCUCGCCGGCAGAAGGGCUGGCCGAUUCCGCUGAAGCGGAGGGACCAGAGGAUGAUAAUAACAACAAUGUGGGAAGCUCGGAGGCGUUGCUGCCCAGCCCUGUGCCAGAGGUCACCACUCCAGAGGAGAGCGGCACGGUGGACUCGCAGCCCCUGGAGAAACGCACAAACCUGAAGAAGCCGAACUCUGAGCGCACUGGCCACGGCUUCAGAGUGAAGUUCAACCCUUUGGCCCUCCUGCUGGACGCCUCAUUGGAGGGAGAGUUUGACCUCGUCCAGAGGAUCAUCUAUGAGGUGGAGAAUCCAAGCACUCCCAAUGAUGAGGGCAUCACACCCCUGCACAAUGCAGUGUGUGCGGGGCAUCACCACAUAGUCAAGUUCCUGUUGGAUUUUGGUGUGAACGUCAAUGCUGCGGACAGUGAUGGAUGGACCCCGCUCCACUGUGCCGCCUCCUGUAACAGUGUCCAUCUCUGCAAGCUGCUGGUUGAGUCGGGAGCAGCCAUCUUUGCCAGCACCAUUAGUGAUGUGGAGACUGCUGCGGAUAAGUGCGAAGAAAUGGAAGAAGGCUAUAUCCAGUGCUCUCAGUUCCUAUAUGGUGUUCAGGAGAAGUUGGGUGUAAUGAACAAGGGGACAGUGUACACUCUGUGGGAUUACGAAGCUCAGAACCAGGACGAGUUGUCGUUUAGCGAGGGGGACGCCAUCACCAUUCUGCGACGACAGGACGACAGUGAAACAGAGUGGUGGUGGGCGCGACUCGAAGACAGUGAGGGCUAUGUGCCCCGCAACCUGCUGGGGCUCUAUCCUAGGAUCAAGCCUCGCCAGCGCUCCUUGGCGUAGUGUCUCCCUCCACCGACCUCUGGCUAACAGCUGGACUAGUGACAAAACCAAGAGCAGAGAACAAAGGAGCCUGGCGCUCCGUCUCCUCCCCGUGGCCAAAACCUCCCCGGGCCUUGUGCUUCUUACAAAAUCCUUUUCUCUGAAGCAGUGGGCACUGAACUCUGACACACAUAUUUACAACUGCACACGCAUAGACACACACACACACACACACACAAACGAAACACAAGCACUCCAAAUGCGAAAAUCUCUUAAACCACUCCAUCCUGACCUCACCCCCCCUCCACUCCUCCCCACACACCCACACACACACAAACACGCACACACACACACCUUUCAACCUGUCACUCUGUCAUUGUCCCAACUUGAUUUCACCCCAAUCCAAUGUCAGCUCUGUAUCAGACAUCAACUUGAAGAAUAAAACACUAACCCAUGUCUCAGUAUUUCUUGCAGUAAUCACACUUCUUCAGUCAUCUCCAUCUCCCUAAUGAGGUCUAUGGUGGCACUGGUUUACAUGACACUGUAUGGUGACUGGAAAAAUCAUCUUUAAGGGUGAGAAGUUGCUGAUUUGUCAGUGAAAUGUAAAUUGAUAUCAGACAUGAAGUAUUUUUUAAUACCAAUUUGAUCCCCUCGCACGUAGAAACACAGAAAAAUGUGCUCAGUGUUUGACUUUUACUGUAGUGGAACCACCAAAGAUAAAUAUAGAUUUAACUAUUUUAAUUCAAUUACUCCCGAAGACAUAGCAGAAUUGUUGUGGUGUGAGAUAGUCGACUGAUUUGCUGCUAUCAGUAAUGACUAACAGCUCCCAGGAGUUGAUUUAAAGUUCUUCUAGAUAUUCUCAUGGAGCAGAACAUUGUUUUUGUAGAGGAAAAUAGAAAAAAAAAUUGUAAAUCCUCAGUAUUAACUACACAGACCAGUCAAAACAGAUCCAGUGCAUUAAAGCAAGGAUGAACAUUGACUCACAAAUUAGUCAUGAAUAGUAUUUCCUGAACAUCAUUGCAAGGCGGGUUUGUUUAUUCAGUGUCAUCUGUUCAGAAUCUGGAUUCAGGACUAAUGUGGAUGUGUGGCAAGAACAUGAAUAAAUUCUAAGUGAGGCUUCAGAUUUAUAAUCUGUUUUUUUUCUGUAAUAGGAGAUUUCAAACUGAUUGAAUGAACAGUCCAAAUAUUUACGUGGUGUUGAUAUUUUUGCUAAUCUGAUUAUUCUUGAAAUGAGCAGGUCAUAUACUGCAGUUCAGAUAUUAUCUUGGAAAUGGGUUUUUCUUUACUAAAAAAAAGGUUGCCAAAUACACUGAGAACCCGUGUCUGUACAAAGGAUACACACCUAAAAUAUCUCUAACUUUUGGUGUUUCAGGAAUUAUUAUUUGGGAAAUAAUUUCACAGACUAAGUUUGGUCACAAGUUGAGUCAUGAUUUAAAAUGUUGCACUGCAGAGACAGGCAAGACUCAGUUGACAGAAAGAUGUAAGUCCUCUAUGUUAUUGUCAGGUCAGUUUUGCUAUUUUCUUUAAUAUUGGUCAUUCACAGUACGUAUCAUCUUUUUAAUUAGUCCAGGCAUUUACGUUAAAUCCAAUCUCACUUCCACAGUCCAUAGUUUUGUUUUGUUUUUUCUGAUUUCUGGCAGCUGAUAAGAUUUUUGCCUUUCUUGUGAUUAAACGACAAUUAGACAACAUGGAAACAAACAACAAACGCCUUAAAGCAGUAACUUGACAUGAAAUUGAAAACCUAAUGAAGUAUUAAAGGAAAUCCAGACAUUGCACCUCAAAAACACUGGAAUCAUCAGCCAGACCAGUUUACAAGCUUUUUUUUUUACCCCACUAGACAAAGUUCAUUUUAACAGGCAAUUUUAUUAACCUCACUUGAAAACACUCAAUCUCAGGACCAACAUGGUGCUGCUAACACUGUUUCUCCACAAAACUAGUGAUCAUAUUUCUAAUUUAAUUCUCUACUAACAUCACCUUCAUUUGAGCAGCAAACAUUAAAAAAAAAACACAGUCAGAAUUUAAAAAACCGUAUCAGUCAUGGGCAUAAGUUAUUGAUAGAUAAAGAGACAGUUACUGUGUCUGAAAUAAAUGUUCAGAUUCAGACUUCAAAUUAGCUUCAGACAAUCCUGAAUUGCCCCCGUUCUCCUCCUCCAGCUGCCCCCGUUUCAGGUCUACACGAUUCCAGUAACACUAAUACACAUGUUGUCUGUCACAGUAUUAAACAUCUAGACUCCAACUUUUUCUGAACCUUGAGUGACUGAGUGUUAUGAGAAGUGUGCUAGUGGCCCAGGCUUCAUCAUGGCUUAUAUAGUGUGAGGAGAUGUGUUACAUGUCGGUUUUCUGUAUGGACCAGUGGGCUCUCUGUAUAAAGGCUGUACUCACACAUUCAAUUCUGUAAAUGUGAACAAUAAAACAGAAGCUCUGGCACGA